GGACGAACAGAAAAAUUCGACAGCAAAAAUCAUGAAUGUCAUCAAAUGUUUACAUAGGUGGUGCAUGUCAUCACCUAAUUAUAAGCUUGUUCAAUGUGGCAGAACUGUAUGCAUUCAACACAGACCUUAUUAUGUUGAUGCCGCACCGACUAUUGGAAAGAAAGUUGACCAUGAAUCGCCGGAUUUCCAGGAAAAUUAUGCAGUCAUGUCUAACCUUGUUAGCGAGCUGAAAGGGAGGAUUUCCAAAAUUGUUCAAGGAGGUGGCGAGAAAGCCAGAGAACGACAUGUGUCAAGAAACAAGCUUCUCCCACGAGAUCGGAUCAACAAACUCCUAGAUCCAGAGUCCCCGUUCCUAGAGUUAGGUCAGCUGGCGGGGUAUGAACUUUACAAAGGGGAGGACGUACCAGCCGGUGGAAUCAUUACAGGCAUUGGCAGAGUGGCAGGUGUUGAGUGUAUGAUAGUUGCCAAUGACCCAACAGUAAAGGGAGGCUCCUACUACCCAAUCACAGUGAAGAAACACAUCCGAGCCCAGGAAGUAGCGCAGCAGAACAACCUGCCUUGCAUAUACCUGGUUGACUCUGGAGGAGCCAAUCUACCUCGACAGGCAGAUGUGUUCCCGGACAGGGAUCACUUUGGUCGUAUCUUCUUCAACCAAGCCAAUAUGUCAGCACAAGGAAUACCUCAGGUGGCAGUUGUGUUGGGGUCCUGCACAGCCGGUGGUGCCUAUGUUCCUGCCAUGGCAGACGAGAGCAUCAUUGUAGGGAAACAGGGAACCAUCUUCCUGGGAGGGCCUCCACUGGUGAAAGCAGCUACAGGAGAGGAAGUGUCAGCAGAGGACCUGGGUGGGGCAGACCUUCAUUGCAGCAAAUCUGGUGUGACAGACUACUAUGCUCAGGAUGAUGCCCAUGCAUUACACCUGGCCAGGAACGUCAUGCGUAAUAUCAACUAUAGAAAAGACCCUCAGGUAACGGUGUCCAGCCCAGAUCCUCCCCUGUACCCUGCAGAUGAUCUGUACGGCAUUGUUGGCGGGAAUCUGAAGAAAACCUUUGACAUAAGGGAGGUUAUAGCCAGAAUAGUUGAUGGCAGCAGAUUUGACGAGUUCAAGGCUUUAUAUGGGGAAACUCUUAUCACAGGUUUUGCAAGGUUGUGGGGAUACCCAGUCGGCAUUAUAGGCAACAAUGGCGUCCUUUUCUCAGAUUCAGCACUGAAGGGAACACAUUUUAUAGAAUUAUGCUGCCAAAGAAAUAUACCUCUUAUCUUUUUACAAAAUAUAACAGGUUUUAUGGUUGGUCGAGAGGCGGAGGCCGGUGGGAUAGCUAAACAUGGGGCCAAGAUGGUGACGGCGGUGGCGUGUGCCCGGGUACCUAAACUGACAGUCAUUCUUGGGGGAUCAUAUGGGGCGGGAAACUAUGGCAUGUGCGGAAGGUCCUACAGUCCACGAUUCCUGUAUAUGUGGCCUAAUGCUCGGAUCUCUGUGAUGGGUGGAGAACAGGCCGCCAAUGUGCUGGCACAGAUAACAAUGGAACAAAGGAAACGGGAGGGAAAACCGUGGACAGCGGAGGAGGAGCAAGCCCUGAAGGAGCCAGUGAUACGGAAAUACGAGGCUGAGGGCAGCCCCUACUUCUCCAGUGCCAGGUUGUGGGAUGAUGGUGUGAUAGAUCCUGCAGACACGAGGGACGUAUUGGGGCUCUCAUUGUCAGCAGCACUCAACGCGGACAAGCAGAAAACACAGUUUGGCGUCUUCAGAAUGUGAUCAGGACUGGAGAUAGAGCAAGGGGUUGUUUAUUUUUGUGACCCCAAAAAUGGACUUACUAGUGCGCUGCAGGGCUAUUUAUGUGAAUGUACUGAACAAAGUAUGUGUAUUUGUUUGUGAUAUUUUGUUCAUGUUUUAUUGUGAAUAUUAUCAGCAGAUGUCUGCUAUUGAUUUUGAACACAAAAAGUCUUGAUAUGGCAUUGUUGGCGUUAAUAAAUAUGCUGCUUUUUUAUUGAAGGGAUAGGUAUAUACUUGAAAUUAUUUCAGCGUUACAUUUACAAAUGCAGAGUAGUCAAUAUUUUCUGUGAAUAUUUAUUUUGAGCUAUAAUUCUGUUGUAAUUAAAAUAUUUGAUAAAAUACUCAGACAUGCCAAAACAAUAAAAAGACAUGUUUUAUGCAUUUUAAUCGUUAGUCAAAAUGAUUGAUGAAGUAUCUCAACUUGGACAAUCAGUUGUGAAAACCAUUUGUUGUGACAUUACACUGACUAUUUUUCUUAUUUUUAUGCCCCCCUUCGAAGAAGAGGGGUAUAUUGUUUUGCACAUGUCGGUCCGUCUGUCCGUCCGUCGGUAGACGGUGAUAACUCAACAAUUCCUGGACGUAUGGUCAUCAAACUUGACAUGAAUAGUUGGGUCUGACCAGUAGAUGACCCCUAUUGAUUUUAGGGCUCAUCAGUUGAAAGGUCAAGGUCACAGUGACCUUUAAUGGUAAAAGAAUUUUAAAGCUUGAAAGCUUGUCCGAGUGAUAACUCAACAAUGCCUAUACCUAUGGUUAUCAGACUUGACUUGGAGGCUGGGCCUGACCAGUAGAUGACCCCAUUUGUUUUUGGGGGUCAUCAGGCCAAAGGUCAAGGUCACAGUGACUGAAUGGUGCCUGCACCCAUGGCCCUCAAACUUGACUUUGAGGUUGGGCCUGACCAGUAGAUGACCCCUCUAGACUUUGGGGGUCAUCGGGCCAAGGUCAAGGUCACAGUUACCUUUAAAGCAAAAAAGUUGACAAAUCUUCUCCCAGUGAUAUCUCAACAAUCAAACUUGACAUGGAAGUUGGGUCUGACCUGUAGAUGACCCCUUAUGAUUUUAGGUCAAGAUCACAGUGACCUUGAACGAAAAAAGCUUGUCUGAGUGAUAACUUGUCAAUGCCUGCACCCAUGGCCCUCAAACUUUUUGGUGACCAGUUGAUGACUUCUAUGGAUUUUGGGGUCAUAGAGUCAAAGGUCAUGGUCAUAACACACUCUAUCCUCACACUUUGAAUGGUCAUAAUCUUAAACUGCCUCAAUGGCAUCCAAUGUCAGUGACAAAUCAGCUGUCAUUUCGGUCCAUGCAAAAUUCAUACAACUGUCCAUAUAAUCCUGACAACAUGGCGCGCACUGGGGGGGGGGCAAAAUGUUUGACAAACAUCUCUUGUUCAUGAUCUUGUUUCAGAUACAAACCACUUGGUAUAACAUUUAGGAAGCUGGUCCCUUCUAUACAGUUAAAAUACAUGUUAAGGCUUUUAUUUUAAAUUAAAUCAUGUUAUUUAAAUUAUGAAAAUAAUCAAUGUCCUUCUCCACUUUUUUGAGAUUCUUAAUUAUAUAUUAGAGAAUUGAAAUGUUAAAUGCAAAUAAAAUGUAAAAUUAUCAAAAGAAUUGUUUAGUUUGUGAAUAAUGCUCACUGCAUCUUUUCAUUGUUGUAUGCAUUGGAGGGACAGCUCUUUAUUUCCAAAUAAGAACAACAUACCAGUUUUGAGAAUAAACACAGUGAAGCAAGUAAGUGCAGGUGACUGUGUCAAAUGUCUAGGUCAACAUCUGGUUCAAAAUCAUUUCCCGAACGACUGAAUGGUCUCAAUGAUUAGCCAGUCCACCAUGUCUUUGUAUCUGGAAUAUCUGAGGAUCAUUACAGUAUAAAAGAAGAAAUUUAUUUAACUAUAAGUAGCCAGCCCAUGAGCUACAUAAUUUUAAUUUAAACAUGUACAUUUUUAUAAACAUUUCUGGAAUACCUAUUUUCAAGAAUGGUGAUUAUGAAUAUACAAAAUACAUUUGGAUCCAUUUGAUGGUGAAGCAUAUUAAUAAAAACUCGAUCAUUUUGAAACAUGUGACAAGUUUUCAUGAAGUAAAUUAACACUGUAAUAAAUCAAUAGAUGCACUG